UGCAAAAAAUGUAAAGAAGCCAAGAAAGGCAGAGGUGAAUUACUUGCCGCCUCACCCACAAGGAGAAACAGAAGAAAGUUUGGAGCAAGUCAGACUGGACCUCUUGAGUGAAGUAAAGAAGAGGACUAACUCUAAUAUCAUCAGUGAGAAAAUGGCAAGGACAUUCUCCAUUCGCAGACAGGAAGUUGUCAACCUAGCCCCACAUGUCGAUGUUUUCAAAGAACGCUGGCCUGCCCUUUUUGAUGUCAUCCAGAUACGUGAAGAGUUCAAGAGAAUAACCACAAUCAACCUUGAGGCAUCUUUCAUGGCGAAGCUUGAUCAGUACUGCCCAAAACUGAUGAACUUGGUGUCAUCAAGAGGAGGGGCUGCAAAAAUGAAGAUUCAGCAAAUAAAGGACACACUUCUUGAGGAUAACACGAUUGAAAGACGCAGAGAAGUUGCAAUCCGUUGCAUGGUGGUUUACCUCGGUGAAAAGGAAGAGGAUCUCUUCAAGGAAUACUUGGAUGCUGAAGCUCUGAACAGACAUCUUGCUGGGGAGGUGAUGAAGAUCAUGGUUAACAAAGCUGCCAGUACAUCUGACCCAGCCAGUGCCACUAUCGUGAUAGAGGGAACAGAAGUCCUGAGGGGACUGGAUCUACCAAGGGCUUGUGCCUUGCUGAUGGGUCUUAUAUAUGCCCUUAAUCUCAGCUACCCAAGACAACUGAGGCAUACCUUUGAAGUUUUUCAAAAGUUACUCCUCGAACUGGAUGGACUGAAAGCUAGUCCAAAAGUAAUGUCUCUUAAACAAAAGCUGCUCUCAUAAAAUAUAGGAAUUGUUGAAGUGUAGAUGUACUGUGAACACAUCUGACUGUUCUGUUCUCAAAAU